UGUGUCAUCCUCUGUUCUCUGCGGGGCAGGACCUAAACAGCUGCUCCGCAGUAAAACCAGCCCGGGUAUCCCAGCGCGUCUCCAAUCCGCUCCAAUCCUACAGGCUGUGCUACGUGCUCGGCUUUUCUCUCUGACACAUCUCCGUUUUUUGUAAAGGAGUUCACCUGAUCCAUGUAAUUCACUUUAUUCCAAGAUUAUUGUGAAUAUUCACAGACAAAAGCAGAGCCUUUAUUUUCUACGUUUUAUUGGUGGAUUUGGAUUACACAUGUUACAGUAAUUAAUUUGAUAUUUAUUUGUGAGCGGUUCUGUCUAGUAGACUCACCACUGCGAGGACAGGCUGAUCUUGACAGUCACAGCGUGCACCAGAAUCGCACGUCGUCACAGGACUCCGGGGAGAGCUGACAGAUUGCUCAGCUGGUGUGUGCAGCUGUAUCCUCGGCGCCAAAUCGAGAUACACUGCCAAGGAAGGCUUUAUCUACCGGUUGGAUGCCAUACGAGGCUUUGUAGGUCUUAUUUUAAUUGCCUCGACUCGUUGUCUUGGAUCUACACCUUGCUGGUUGGUUGUCAGUAUGGAUUUCCUACAGGCUCUUCUAUUCUUUUUUCUAUCCACUGUCCCGUUGUCGGCGGACAAUGCGAACAGUAAAGCCCGGAGCUGUUUGGAUGUUCGACAGUUCUACAGCGGGAAAGGCUUCACCCUCAACGGGGUGCCACAGACAGAGAUUUCUGGUGAGCAUCUGCGGAUCUGUCCCCAGGGGUACACCUGCUGUACCAGUGCCAUGGAGGAGACCCUGUCCAACCUGAGUCGCAGGGAGUUUGAGGGGCUGGUCAGAGAGGCAGGACGCUCGCUACAGGCCUCCCUCAACACACAGUACAGGAGCUUCGACACGUACUUCACAGACCUCUUGAACAGAUCCGAGCGUUCCCUUCAAGAGUCCUUCCUGGCCACGCUGGGCUCUCUCUACUCCAAGAACGCCCCUGUGUUCCAGGACCUGUACGCUGACCUGCGUCGCUACUACCGUGGCUCCGCUGUCAACCUGGAGGAGACGCUCAACGACUUCUGGACACGGCUGCUGGAGCGCCUGUUCAAGGCCUCUUCCCUCCCGCAGUACACCCUCACUGACGACUACCUGGAGUGUGUGGCCAAGCAAACGGAGACCUUGCGGCCCUUUGGGGACGUCCCCCGUGACCUCAAGCCCAAGGUCACCAGGGCCUUCGUGGCGGCGCGGUCAUUCGUCCAGGGCUUGACUGUCAGUGGGGAAGUGGUCCGCAAAGUCUCCCAGGUUCCUCUGAGCCCAGAGUGUACCCGUGCUAUGAUGAAGCUUGUGUACUGCCCCCACUGUAGAGGCCUGGCCUCCGUCAAGCCCUGUGCCAACUACUGCAGAAACGUCAUGAAGGGCUGCCUUGCCAACCAGGCCGACCUGGACACCGAGUGGCAGAACCUCGUCGACACCAUGCUGCAGGUGGCGUCUAGUUUCAGUGCUGACCCCAGUGUGGAUGUGGUCAUCUACUCCCUCCCCAUCCGCAUCUCAGAGGCCAUCCUCUACAUGCAGGAGAACACAGAGGUCUUCACCAGCAAGGUGUUCCAGGCCUGUGGGACCCCCAGGGUGGAAGACACACAGAGCUCAGGGUCUGAGGAGAGAAAGAAGAGAGUGAACCCUGCCAGCACCGCAAUGGAGUACAAACCCAGCCCCACCGUAGGGGUCCCACUGGAGAUGCAGAUAUCUGAUGUGUCCAGUAAGCUGCGGGAGAUGCAGCAGUACUGGGUCCAGCUGCCAGCUGCUCUGUGCAAUAGUAAAGUGGCAGCAGGAGCAGCUGGUGACAAGUGCUGGAAUGGCAUGACCAAGGCCAGGUAUCUUCCUGAGGUGAUGGGUGACGGCCUGGCCAGCCAGAUCAAUAACCCCGAGGUGGAAAUUGACAUCACCAAGCCAGACAUGACUAUCCGCCAGCAAAUCAUGCAGCUGAAGAUCAUGACCAACCGGCUGAGGAACGCCCUCAACGGCAACGACGUGGACUUCCAGGAUGCCAGUGAUGACAUCAGCGGUUCAGGAAGUGGAAUGUGUACAGGCGAGUCAUGUGCUCGUAGCGGACCUCGUGUCAUUGUGCCCAAAACAGACAGCACCAGAUACUACAAUCCUCCCGAGAACAAGAAGGUGAAGGGCACAGGAACCCAGACCCACCCCUCUAUCCUCCUCCCCCUGCUCUCAUUGGCCACACUGCUGCUCAGGCGAUAAUGAACAGGUGGUGCAUCCAAUUGAGACUGUGUUUUGAGAUGGAACAGAAGAGGAAAAAAGGGCGAUUGGUGGGUAACUUUGCCAAAUAGGAAAGGAUUGUCAUUGAAUAAAUGGACUACCUUUUAUUUUGAUGAGAAAAAAACAAAGAACAUUAAUAUUCCUUUUUUUUUUUGCUUGUUUAUAUUUUUUUAAUGUGGCAAGUAGAGCUGGUCUUUGGCUUCUUUUUAUUGUUUCUAUGCUUGGGUGGUGAACAAGGAUGGUUCACAUGCUAGAUAUGAUGUUUGGAUGCCACAGGCUUCUUAGUGAAUAUGUCAUUCUAAUGUAAAGUCAAUGUGACCUUGUUGCAAUGUUCUAACAAUGCCAAUAACAGCGAUGUUGUGAGAACACUGUGAAAGCCGGUUUGGUGCGUAUCUACAGUAUGCUCAUCCAACACAUUAGUUGUUUUUUUAGUCAAUCACAGUGACAAGGGAAUGUGGAUCUCUCAAGUAUCUAUUACAUAAAAAAUGAUGGUUUAUUGUAAAA